UAAUUUCUUCUACUUCCACUUCUGGGAAACCAAACUCAGUUUUGAAAGGUGCACAAAAUUAGGAAAUAGGACAAAGUUUUGAUUAUAUUUAUAUCCAAUUUAGAGAGAGAGAGAGGAAGAGGUUGUUAAAGACUUGAUUUUGAUUUUUGGAGAGUUAACAAAUGAUGGCUGGAAACCCUAAUUGGUGGAGCAUGAAUGGCAUGCAUCCACAGCUCUCUUCUCAACUCAUCUAUGGCGCUUCCAAUUCCCCGAAUAAUCCUUCUCCUCCCGAUCUUCACCACCCGACCCCGGACUUCCCGGUUAGGUCAUGGAGCCAGCUUCUUCUUGGCGGAUUGGGGGCGGGCGAGGAGGAGAGGUUCGGAGCGAGUCUUUUCCAGCAGCAGAAGAAGAUUGAGAAUUGGGAAGAGCAAGUCUUGAAUUUGAACCCUUCUUUUUCAAGAAAUGAUGUGAAGCCACAGAUAUAUGAUCAAGAUCAGUUUCAAGCCAAUAGCGGCUGGCCACGUCAGCACCCAGUUUCCUCACCAACCUCCUGUGUAACCACCCUGAGCUUCUCCGCGGCCGCGGAGAGGAAGAAGCAGCAGCAGCAGCACAACCAGGAGCAUUCAUCUGAGUGCAAUAGCACGAGUACAGGUGGGGCAUCUAAGAAGGCUAGGGUUCAACAGUCUUCAGCCCAACCAGCUUUGAAGGUGAGAAAGGAGAAGUUAGGGGAUAGAAUAACAGCUCUUCACCAACUUGUUUCUCCAUUUGGGAAGACUGACACUGCUUCAGUCUUGUCAGAAGCCAUUGGUUACAUUAGAUUCCUUCAGGGUCAAAUUGAGGCACUAAGCUCCCCAUACAUGCGCAAUGCAGCAGGAAACACAGUACACCACCAACAUUCUCUGGUUCAAGAAAGGAAUUCUUUGUUUCCCGAAGAGCCUUCUCAGUUCUUGAAUGAUAGUAUUUCCAUGGAAGGAAGAGGAGCUUCUGAUCAGGAUUCACAAGGUCGGUCUGAUUUAAGGAGUAGAGGGCUUUGCUUAGUUCCGAUUUCAUGCACACAACACGUGGGAAAUGAGAACGGUGCCGAUUACUGGGCUCCGGCUGCGUUCGGGGGCGGCUUUUGAUUUUCCGGCUAACUCUGCCGCCGUCUGCCAGCUGUAACAUCAGAAGCAGUCAUUCUCCAAAAACUAAGGCUGACUGCUUAUGAUGCUAUAUGUUUAUAUUAUGUGCAUGUAAACUCAUCAAUAGGGGGAAAUUAACAAAAAAAUGGAUUAAAUAUGUUUUCGAAAUCCUCUCUGUAAUUAACCUAAAUAAUAUGCUAUUGUAUGCAUGCAUGUUGCUUAUUUAUGAUGUUAGCAUUUUAAUAUAUUUCGUGAUUUCAAUAAUAUAUUUUUCUAUCUUUUCA